AUGGGAAAAAAAACAGAUCAUAUAGAUGUAGAUGGUAAUGUGGAAAAACUCUUCUUGGACUUUGAGAGGUUUGUCAGCAGAGGAAGGGAAAUGUCAGAGCAAUUUUUGUACUGGGACAAUUUUUUGGAACUUGUCCAACUUCUCAGAAAUUUGAUUCGUUCAGAUAGACAAGGUCUUUGGGAAUUACAUUUAGAUACAGUGCAGAAACUUCAACCAGUAUUCGCCGUAUUUGACUGUGUCAACUAUCAGCGAUGGUCUUCUCUGUAUUUAGAAGACAUGAGGAGACUAUCCAAGACAGCCCCAGAGUCUGAAAGGGUGCAAAGACAAGGUAGCAGCAUCGUUAUAGAUGUGGUCACAAUCUCAGAAGAUAUUCCAUUGCCUGUUCAACUCAGCAGCUUUUGGGGAUCUUCAAGAAACAAACUGAUGUUGCAAAAGUUCAUUGCUGAUGCAGUAACAGCUUCUUUGACUCAAACACCAAACAAUACCAACCACACUUUUAGUGCCUUUCAUGGUGAUGAAGAGGAUGAUGUAAUAUUCAACUGUACAUCUGUGCAAAGUGGAAAACAAGUGGAAACUGUGUACAUGCCCCAUUGCUUGGAUAACAUAAAUGUUAUUCCUCCUUAUGACCGAGCCACUUUGGAAGUGCAGUAUUCUACUUUCUUAACAUGGGUAAUAUCUGAACUCCGUUUAAGUGUACUUAAAGUUGAUACUUUACAUUCUCAAUUACUAAAUAAAAGUCAAGAAACUGAUGGAAAUAAAGCAAAAUAUGCUUCAGUAGAUGCAAAAGAUAUGCAUAUUGACUAUUUGAAAUAUAUAGCUGAGAUUCUUCCAUUGGCUCCUUUUCCCCUGAUAUAUAUUGGUUUGUUGUUUGGGGAGCACCGUGCACAUGAAGUGGGUCUCAUAUCAAGUUCUGGAGUCUUAGCUUUGAUGCAGACAAUUCUACGCAUUUUAGGCUACAAUAAAAAUACUUCACAGGAAGAUAAAAAUUCUGCUACCUAUGCAGUUUUGGAAGAAAAUUUUAAGAAACUGAAAGAUCAUAGUUCUUUAAGUGGUCCUGAAUUAGCAGCUGCUAUGAAAAUUGGAACUAGAGUUGUGAAAGGAAGUGAUUGGAAAUGGGAUGAUCAGGAUGGUCCUCCACCUGGAGAAGGCACUGUUAUUAAUGAAUUAAGCGAGGAUGGCUGGAUAAGUGUGUUAUGGGAUACAGGAUCUACUAACUGUCACAGGAUGGGAAAAGAAGAAAAGUAUGAUUUAAAGCUCGCAAAUCCACUGCCACUGCCUUUACAAGAAUCCUUAAGUGAUUCAGAUGAAGAUGAUUUAAUAAAAUGUGAGCGCACUUGCAUUCGUGAACCAUCCAAGCUACUUCAUAAUUCAUGCAUUCAUCUGCUAAGACUUUUAUCCCUUUAUACUUCUUUAUAUGCAGAUAAAAUUCCUAAACAAUCUCUAAAUACCUUAUCUGGCCUUCUGAGAUAUAUUUUAGAUGCUGUAUAUAGUCAGAAUCAAGCAUUAAAAUGUAGCAGUCCAAUAUCACUUCAAUCAGACUUCUUAGCUGAAGAGCAGCAUUCUGAGUGGGCCACUCUGAGUUUCAUUAGAGCACUUGUUUCCUCCUCUGCUUUAUGUGAAACUCUAAGCACCCCCUGUUGGAUCAGCUUAAUCAUAAAGAUAAUAUCUAGUGGAAAGACUCUCACCAGUUCUCAACUUAAAAUUAAAAUCCAAGCUCUAAGACUUUUAAGGACAGUCCUGUCAUCUUGGGAUCGUCGCUAUUCAAACAUGAGAAAAAUCAACAUUGUUCAACAGUUAUUUGAAAUGCUUGGCAGCGUUCUUUUGUCUUGUGCUAAUGAUCCGACAUUGGAACUCAUUGAGUUCCCACACACGGAAAGAUGGGCAAUGCGUCCACAAGUAUUAUGGACUGCAUCUCAUUGCAGCACUGUUGCAGAAGAAUAUAUCAGUGUUUUGAGACAUUUGGAGAGUUUACCCACUUGGAAAUCUGUAAUUGGGUCCCUCUGUUUUAAUCAACUUAAACUCAUAAAGGAGAAACUUGCUCCAUUUACUGAUAUGAAUGAUUUUAUGAUGGGGAAGCAUCUUGGAACAAAUAUUGCAGUACUAGCUACUCUUGGAGGAGUUGAUAGCAGAAUUCGUUUAGGUGGCAUGGUAUCUGACAAAGAUUCAAAUCUUGGUGCUGUUGAAAAAAUUUAUCCAUGGGAUGGAAUUCAUGUUUAUUUCCAGGAUACCAAAAUGAUUGGAUACUGCCACCCAAGUGAAGUGACCCCUGUUCCUUGUUCAAAAUUUGUAAUGUGUGAUAAACUGAAAUGUGAAAAAAUGACAUCUAUUUGGGCAUACUUGUUGGGUCUUGCUGUUGGCGAUGAAUUUCAUGCAGAACUGAAUAAAACUGUUCCAGAAAGUUCUUCAAGCACAAACUGCUGCAUUAGCUUUAUCUCAGUACCUGAUGUCAGUGUCCAUAAGACCAGCAGCCUCCUUUGCAAAUGACUCUCAAAGCCCAUGCAAUGAACCUGGGAAUAGUGUCACAAGCCAAGAAGCA